UCCCCUCCCCUUGUCCCUUGUCGGAAUUGAAAAAGGAGGGAAAUCAAACUCCCAAAAACCCUAAACCUCGCAAAGCUCUCGCGGGCUUCCUACUUAGUUCUUCUUGCAUGCAUAACAAACCAUUCAAGUUUCCUUGAGCCUUUUCAUUGUUGUAUUUUUUGGUGAUCAGUGUGUUUGUGAAGGAUAGUUAGCUUUCUCUGUGCGUCGAAGGCGGGAAGUGAAAAUCCUGCAGAGUGCUUAUAUGGCGAGGCUGCUUCGGAACACUCACCUUCUCAAGCGUUCUCUAUUCGACCCUACGGUUACUACGGGCUUUAGACAAGGAAUAUUCGGCGCAUCUCAAGUCCUCAGCUUUUCAUCCAGAGGUAGAAGGGGAUCUAAAUCAGAUGGAAGUGACUCAAGUGAUGAGAACAUAUCCAAGAAAGACUUAGCCCUACAACAAGCUCUGGAUCAGAUCACUUCUGCCUUUGGAAAGGGAUCGAUUAUGUGGCUUGGUCGCUCUGUUGCAUCAAGACAAGUUCCUGUGGUGUCAACGGGGUCUUUUGCUCUGGAUUUAGCAUUAGGAAUUGGUGGACUUCCAAAGGGACGAGUUAUAGAGAUAUAUGGUCCAGAAGCUUCUGGGAAAACAACUCUUGCUUUACAUGCAAUAGCGGAAGCACAGAAGCAAGGAGGCUACUGUGUUUUCGUUGAUGCUGAGCAUGCACUCGAUCAAGCACUUGCAGAGUCCAUUGGUGUUGAUACCAAGAAUUUGCUUCUUUCACAACCAGAUUGUGGUGAACAAGCGCUUAGUCUUGUGGAUACCUUAAUCCGCAGUGGUUCAGUUGAUGUAGUUGUUGUUGACAGUGUAGCUGCUCUUGUUCCAAAAGGUGAACUUGAUGGUGAGAUGGGUGAUGCUCACAUGGCAAUGCAGGCAAGGUUGAUGAGCCAGGCACUUCGGAAAUUGAGCCAUGCCUUAUCACUAUCACAGUGUAUAUUGAUUUUUAUUAACCAGGUGAGGUCUAAGCUUUCUACUUUUGCGGGAUUUGGUGGGCCUACUGAAGUUACCUGUGGUGGUAAUGCAUUGAAAUUUUAUGCUUCUGUGCGGCUAAAUAUCAGGAGAACAGGGUUUAUAAAGAAGGGUGAAGAGACUCUAGGAAGCCAGGUUCUUGUCAAGGUCGUGAAGAACAAGCUUGCCCCUCCAUUCAAAUCAGCGCAACUUGAGCUUGAGUUCGGCAAGGGUAUAAGUAGACAAGCAGAAAUUUUAGAGUUGAGCCUGAAACACAAAUUAAUCUCGAAGUCUGGCGUAUUUUACAACUAUAACGGCCGGAAUUUCCAUGGCAAGGAAGCUAUCAAGAAGUUCCUUGCAGAGAAUCAUGAUGCACAAGAAGAACUUGUUAUGAAACUCAGGGAGAAACUGUAUGCUGAGACAGAAAACGAACCAGAGGCAGGGACAACAACCGGAGAUGUCACAGAAGAGGUUGUGUCAUCCGAAUCUACUGAUGAAGAAGCAGCCACAGCUGCUGAAGCAUGAAUUUGUGGAUGGCCUCAAAGCUUUGGUUCACAUUUUUACCCUGGCUGGACUUGGAUCCGUGUGGGUGAGAUGGCACAUCCUAAUCAAUUGGUUAUAAACUCUUCAGUUGAAAUUCAAUUGAAGAAUGCCACAUGAAGAAGCUUCAGGUGGCUCAGGUAAACGUUGAAAGUGCUGCAUAUUAUUUGUAGAUAUAAUUUUGCUGGUCAUCAUUGUAUGUACGCCAUUGUCAUGUGGUUCUCGGAUGUUCUUGAUCGCGAAGAAAAAGAGAGGUCAUUAGUAAAGACCCUUGUCAUUUCCAAGGAUUUGUGAUGAUGUUACUCCGCUAUAUAUAAUGCUAAAUCUGCAUCUCAUUGGAGAUCUUCUGUGUUUCACGUUA